CUCUUUCUCUCUCUGUCUCUUUCUCUCCGCCUGUCGCGCGCGCACAAUCCCGUCGUGCUCCGCGCACGACUCGUCCGGUGCAACUUCACGAGGUACGCGUCGUCGCCUCCAUUUUCGGUGCUCACGGUGCGCACACACAUCGUCGGCUGUAACUGUCGCCGGUAAUAAGCACCGCACAUAGGACGUUGUCCUCGUCGUCGUCGUCGUCGUCGUCGUCGUCGUCGCCGCCGCCGCCGUCGCUCGUGCACACGCGACACGCGAGAGACACGCAGAGAGCGCUGGACGGACGACGCAUCGCGGUACGCACUGGUUCGCGCGCGCGGCGCAAAUCGCGCGGUGGGUGCGCGUUCGUCCUUCGCAGCAAAGAGCCAGGAGCAAAAGCAGCGGGAGCAGAAGCGAGAAGAGGAGGAGGAGGAGGAGGAGGAGGAGGGGGAGGUGGAGGGGCAACGGGAGGUAGCCGGAGAGUUAUACCCCCAAGUGUCAAGAUCAGCUAUGCGUCUCGGUGCGUGAUGGCCAGGCGAGCCUCUCCAGCCAGUAGCAGCGGCGGCGGCUUCCUCUCGAGCGGCAGGCUCAUGGAUACGUGGAUAUUCUUCCUGUUCGUCGCCAUUGCCGACGUGGCGGCGUCGGUGGAGGUUCACUUCGAGAACAAAGACGGCGGAUUCUUCCUGAAGCACACGCCGCGCCAGUACUAUCCAGCUCGCACGGACUCGGCGCCGGCGAUCUCGACGUCGUCCACCAGCAGCAGCGGCGGCAACGGCAACGGCAACAACAACAACAACAACAACAACAACAACAACAACAACAGCAACAACAACAAUAACAACAACAACAACAACAACAACAACAAUGGCCCGAGCACGGCGCCGUCGCCGCCGCCAGGCUCGGUCCUCUCGAUCGACAAGUUCACCGUCUUCCAGACGAGCGAGCCGGUGUCGGUGAGGGCCACGUAUGGGCCCUUCAGCACGAAGCAGACCGUACCGGCGCGUUACAUCGUCCCCGAUCCGCUGGACGCGCUUCCCGGCCCGGAGACGCGGCGCAACCUCACCGCCGCGACGAUCAUCGACGCGCAGGAACUCGGCGCUCGCCAUCUCGACAUGUCAGCCCAUCUGGUGGGUAACAGCGUGCCGCGCGACUCGCCGGUGCUCAGGGUGCUCUUCCACGCCGGCAGCGAGGCCGGGGGUAGGCGUCAGCUGCUGUUGGCGCGGCAUCAGCGGGUCUGCGUGGUGCUGCACGCCAGCCUGGCGAGUCCGCUGAGGAACAACCCGGCGAGCAGGAGCAACGGCCGCGGCGGUUACUCUUCCUCGUCGUCGUCGUCCUCCUCCUUCUCGUCGUCCUCGUCGUCAUCGUCGUCCUCCUCCUCAUCUUCCACGUUGACGGCAGCGUGCAGCCCCGACGGCGAGAACGGCGUGUGUCUCGCGCAGAUCACUAUACCGGCCAGUUGGUGGGCUCCGUUGCCGCCGCCCGACGCCUCCGGCCGUGUCAAGGUCGCCAAGAGUCUGCCGCGCUUGAUCCAGGUCGCUUACUCCGUGCUGGAGCCCCGCACGGAGGAGGGGGCGCCGCUUGGCGGCGGCGGCGGCGGCGGCGGCGGCAGUUCAGGCGCCGACGGCGGCUCGGGCUUCUGCAGGCCCAGGGUGCAGAUUCAGCCGGUCACCCCGUUGGGUCAAGUACCUUUGGCGCCGAACAAGGCGGAUUACAAGGAGCUGAGGGCGGACGACCUGCUGACGCUGCUGGUGCCCCACGGCCCGCUUUAUCCGAGGUCUCGACUCUACGUGCCGGCCUUCCUGCACUCCACCAAGGAGACGGACCUGCGGCAGGAGCGGUUGCCGUUGGUCAUCGCCGUUUACAUCAGGGUGAAGGUGAGACCGGGCGUGAAGAUCCUGGAGGCCUCGUCCAGCAGCCCGGACUGGAUCGUCGAUAACGACGUGAACGCCAAGAACACGGCGGCGACGUUCACGGUGCGGCGCAAGGAGAACGCGUCGCGUGUACCGAGCACGUCCGCCGAGGAGAUAAUGACGAUGCUGCUGGAGGCCAGCGAGGAGGGUAUAGGCGAGAGUUACGACAGAGACAGCGGCAGGAUCGUGUGGACGGUGCGUUAUACUCUCGAGGGCGAAGAGGAGAACGGCUCGCAGUUGACGGACAUCGAUCAGUCGCAGCGAAUGCAGCAACGGCAAUUGCAACACCAUCAUCAUCAUCGCGUUGAAAAGAAGAAGGUGCAGGUGCGGCUGGAGAUUCAGAAGGACGACAUACAGGCGGUGCUGCCGAUCUCGAAGAAUUGGGAGGUGAUGAAUACCGCGGUGCUGACGGGGCGUCAGGUGUCGCAGGGGAUGAAGGUUUUCAUCGUGAGCCAAGCUGGCACGGUGGCCGAUGUCACGCUGCAGUCGUCCUGUCACUCCGAGGAUGAGAGUGUUCUCAAGGUAUCGUCCUCGUGCAGCAGCGUCUACGUGGACGGCUCGGAGGCUCGGGGCUCGAGCAACGCCUCGGUGCUCGUCAAAUACGGCACGUACACCGGCUUGGCCAAGUUCAUCGUGUGGAUGCCGGAGUUUCCGCUGGAGGUGACGGUCGGCGACACGCGGCUCAGUCAGAUCAAGGGCUGGAAGAUUCCGGAGCAGCAGACGAGCAGCACCAAGAGCAAGCGCAGCCUGAACGCGACCGGGCUCGACGAGGCGGCGGUGACCGCGCGGGCGAAGAAGCGGAGCGCCAUGGAACUGGAGGACUCCAUCGAGGACGACACAUCUAUGGACGUGGAGGACUCGGACAUGAUGCCGGACGAGGACGAGCAGGAGGAGCGGUACCGUGGGGGCGGCGGCGAUCACGGCUGGGACAACUCGAUUGAGCGGAGUCCGCCAACCACCUGCAGGUUGCGCUUCCAACAGAGUCCGGUCGAGGUGCACGCCCGGUUCUCCGCAACGGACCACGACUCUGGCCGGACGUCGUUCUUCGUCAACCGUCGCACCUGGCUGCGUGUCACCGACCUCGUUACCGCCGUGCUGCGCAUCUCCGAUCCUCGGAUAGCGACGCUCCUUCAGGGCAGGAUAGUCCAAGGACGCAGCGUGGGGCGCACAGAGGUGCAGGUGUUGUCGCCGAUCACCGGCAGAGUCAUCGGCGCCAAGGAGGUCAGAGUCGGCAACGACCGCGUGUCCGUCACGCGCCUCUCCGUCACGGUGGUCUCCGGGCUUCAGCUCAGCAUCAGUCCCGAUACCGCGAUCGAGAACGGAUACGUCGCGGAGACUUCGGUCACCAGGCGGCUGACUGCUCAGUACCAGGAAGGCCUGCUGGACAUCGACGUGGAGUUCGCUGAUGGAUCGCGGACGCCCCUUCGGGAGAUCGCCGUGAGCGACUACCACUUGCUGGUCGAGAGUUUGGACAAGGAAGUUGUGGUAUUCGCGCCGAUGGUAGCCUCCCACCACCCCCGGGUGAUCGCGAUCGGCGAAGGCCGCGGCGACCUGCUGCGCGUCAGCCUCCAGUUGGCCGACUCCUGCCGACUCACCAGACGUCCUGGCAAGGUCUCGCAGAGACCCGUGAUCGCCGCGUUGGCGAGCGCCUCCGCCAACGUCGAGGUGGACUUCACCUCCAGCGAGAUGUCCAAUCGACCGGAAUUCGUGCAGAACGACGGCGGCGGCACGGUCGGCUCGCAGAGCCACAGGGAACGGAAGACCGGCCGCGGCGAAAUGGCGCCCGAUCUGCAUGACAUCCUCAUCGGGUUACCGCUGAAAGACGAGAACGGGCACGAGCACGAGCCUUUGGUGCAGGCACGGCAGCAUCGCACGGCUAUAGCUAAUGGCAUGUCUCCAGGGGGUAUGAGCGGCGUCGGCGUGCGUCACCACAGCGGGGCGCGCAUGAGUCCGCUCGAGAUCGGGAUGUACGUGCUCCUAGCGGCGUUCUGCUUCGCGAUCGUUGUCUUUGUCGUCUCCUGCGUGGUGUAUGCCAGCAAGUUCAAGCCCCAGCCGCCGGACUCCCCGUUGACCGGCGCGGCCGUCCCGGUGCUCUCCAGCGCGGCGAGGGCGCGCGCCGCGGCGAACCAGCUGGCGUCCGGCAGGCGACCGCCGCGAGAAUCGACGACCAACGCACACGACUGGGUAUGGCUGGGCAGAGCGACCCUCGAACGAGCCGCCUGCGGGCCGCAACAGGUGCGCGUGACGAGCAAUCCGCUGGCCGCCGAAGGCGAGCCCGAGAACGAGCUGGGUACAUGCUUCGACAAUCCGAAUCAUAUCGAGCUGCCGUCGGCGAACCAACGACCUAGCGGCACCAGCGGCGCCAUCGACACCACGACUUACUGCAAGAGGGACAGGAUCGCGCGCAACAGCUUCGCCGCAAAAGCCGCGAUCAAGCCGCCCACCGUGAUUACACCGACCACUGCGACGGCGGCGACCACCACGGCGUCGAUGGCAGCCGCGACGAUGACCACCGUGCGGAAUGACAACGACGAUAUCCCUCCGCCUUUGCCGCCUCACGGGGUGCCAGCUGCGAUCUCCAUGUCGGCAGCAGCGGCCGCCACGACGACGACAACGAUCGGCACGAACGUGAACAACGGUAACGAGGACUACAAGCCACCGGUACCGCCGCAUAGGAACACAGGAGUGAGCGUGCGACUCCCGGAACCGCCGCGCAAGCAUCGUCACAGGGCGUCCAGCGGCGGCAGCGGCAGCCAUCAUGGAAAUCAUCGGCACAGCAAACAGCAGCAGCAACAACAGCAGCAACAACAUCACCAUCAGUCGUCGCAUCAUAUCAAGUCGCACGGAAAGACCAGGGUGGACAACAGCUCAAAGCCGCAGCAGAACGGCGAGGACGAGGAACUCGUGGAGCUAGUGAACGGCCACGAUGACAGGCACCCGAAGCAUGCGAGAUCCCGAGAGAUCAAGAGGGCGACUAUAGUCGGUAACCCGAUGUUCUCGUCGUUCUCCACUUCCGCCGUUGUCUCCAGCGUCAACUCCUCCUGCACCCCCACCGCGGCCUCGUCAUCCACAUCCCCGCCGUCCUCGUCGCCGUCCUCCUCGUCCUCCUCGUCAUCCUCUUCGUCCUCGUCCUCCUCGUCUUCGUCCCAAGAGCAGGAGGAGUCGGUGGCGCUCGACGACCUCAAUCUGGGUAUGGACUACAACCAGAUCAUGCAGUACUUUGACAACCUGAAGGAGUCGAAUGCCUAGGUGGGGCCGUUCGACCUCUUCGAAGGUCGAGCAGUAGUCAACGUCGAUACGGAACACCGGGAUCCUCGCUAGUGCGCGCGAGGAUUGGGCUGUCCGUCUCUGCUUGCGCUCUUGCCGCUCCUCGAUGGCUUGCCGGCGACAACUGCGGCUCGCGCGAACGACUCCGCCUAGCUGAGGACGAUCCCGACUGUUUCGUAUUUUAGACUAUAAUCUAGUCAGCUUUCUAGCAGCACGUCAAGAGUAACGCGUGAACACGAAUACAUGACACACGUACGUACAUACAUACACACACAUACACGCACACGUAAUCAAGAAAGAAUAACGCUACCUAGUCUCUCGACCAUUUGUGACGGACGCUAACAGUUCUCUCAAACGACAGACAAAAGUUCCUGAAAUUUCGCCUGUAUUUUUUAUCGCUCUUACAAAGCAUCGAUUAUCAACGACAUAACAAGUCCUUUUGCUAACUAAUAUUUUUGCCGCCUCUACUCUUAGGAUCUCUUUCUCUCCUUUCCUUUCAAUAAAGUCUUUAGAUUAUAUCGUUUUAUACGGAGAACCAAUCUGAGAAAAGCAACAUUCUCAUUUCAGCAACGAUAAUGUCUUCACUUUGGACACGCAUAUACACACGCACACACACACACAAACACACACACACACACACACACAUACGCGAGAUCAUUAUACCGAUUGUCGAAACUGCUGGCGCGACAAAUCGGUCGGGGUACUGUUUGUACAGACACACACACACACACACACACACUCACACACAACACACACACGUACAUACUCGCACACAUAACAUGCAAGAGGCUUUAAGAAAAAAACUGACUGUCGGUGGCCAGUGGGAUAGGUAGAUCGCUCGCUCGAUGACAAGCGUCACGCGACAUUCCGACGUUUCGUUCCUCGCUGCGAGUUUCCCUUCGUUUCGUGGGAUCAUCGAUCCUCGCUGUUGCCCCCGCGCCAUCUUGAUCUCUCGCUCAAGCCCAUUCUCCGCUAUCACGGUUCCUCCUCCCGUUGUCGGGCCGCGAGGGGUUGGCAUAAAGCAGCUACGAGAUGCGGCGCAUUUUGAUGACGCGCCCGCGCGCGACCUCAGUGACGUACGUGCAACGAAUCGCAAGGAUUCCUCCAAUUUGUAUCGUCUUGGCACACCCUUCGCCUCCUAUACCUCGUGCGUGCCAUCGGCGAACUACAAUCCCCGACGAGACACGGGAUCUCUCGAGAGAUUGGAGAAUUCCGCGGAAUUCUCGUCAAGUCCCGCAGAUUUGCGAAGAAUACGCCGAAUCCGAAAGGAUCCUCCCGGCUCUCUUCUUAGCGCCGCGAUUUUUGGUCUCUGUGUUGGCUAUUCAUUUCAUGUACGAUUGCCGUCGGCAGUCCGGUGGACUGCCUAUCGAAACUAACGUCGAGGUCGAGGUGCGACGCGCGAUCGAAAUACGACCGAGCCUCCGCUUGCUGCCCGAUCCUCGCCGGAGGACACAUAUUUAUUCGAUCGACAGUACGUCGUGAUGUUUGUAAAUUUUGCUUUGUAAGACUGUGUACAUAUAUAUAUUAUAUUAUAUAUAUAUAUAUAUAUAUAUUAUAUAUAUAUGCGAUAGCGCAUGUUAAUUAUGGACUCAUAGAUUUAAAGUUACAUUUAUAUGGCUAUAUUAGAGAAUCGCGAAUACCAUUCGCGAACGAGAGAACGUUGCCGACGACAAGAACACGUGUAUACGUUACACACUACGACGCCCCGAACGCUGCUCUCUGGUAUCGCUUCUGAAGGAUUACUCCUCGUCCCUCGAUCGGAUCCUACGAUUUUCUCAAGUAUGAGAGAAAUGCCUCGCGUCGCGAUCUACAACCUUUAUCGAUGCCGAAUAUCGCUUCGCGCGCUUUCACGCGAGUGCAUCCGCACGUGUAUGUGUGUGUGUGUGGUGUGUGAGAGAAAAAAAGCGUGAGAAUGGGAGGAGACACCGUCAGCGAGGUCUGUAUAUUGUAUAAGGCGUCUAGGUACUGGUACCUAGACAUUAACGUAUGCGUAGACACGUAUCUAGGUAUGGUAUCUCGGUUCAGCAUGUUCCCGCUUGAGACAUUUCUAUCUGGAUACUAUGUCAGCCGCUGCGAAGUAUCAUAACGUGUAUAUACAUAUUUGUCAUAUCAAGUGUAUAAUUGUAUAUUUACCGCGAUGGUAUUCGGAAAGUCAUUUGAGGUCAGUCGGAACGACAGUUCUCUGACAGCGCGGCACGAAGAUAAUUAAUCACCUACGCAUCUCUCGUUUCGUCGCAUAUCCAUUCGUCGCGUAUACAUCGGAAUUUUUUCUUCAUCGGCUUUACUGGAGCCUUUCUCUCUUCGCCUCUCGACAGUAAUCCGACAGUGUUCGCGGUAAUAUGAUCUUUGAGAAAUUUUAGCAAUCGUUUCGUGUGUACCUAGGUGCCUGUCUCGUGUACCAUUACGCAGGCGUAUCCUGUGCCGCUUGUGCUCGUAUUUGUAGUUAGACACAAAGAGAAGCCGUGCGCGAUGCGUUAGUGAGAGCGUAUGUAAAUCAGCCGAACACAUUGUAGCUCGAGUAUAAUUAAUUAGUGGAACGCGCAAAUGACGGCGGAGAAUCUCAGCAUUCUGGAGACGACAUAUCUUCCGAUAUGUGACUUUUGUAGUGUUUCCUUGUAGCAUCUUCAGUAGUUGAUUUUCAUGUGAUACCUCAAAGGACUUGAACUUUUUCCUUUAAAAUACGCAACUAUCAAGCGUAAUUAUCAACUCCUCGAAAUUACUCGUUACUUUGCCAAUGAGAAAAAUUCUUCACAGACAACAAUGUGUGUUCGUUUAGUAUAUAUGCGCUCUUACCUGCGCUCGUGACCGCGAGAAAAAAAGAGAGCGAGCAAAAGAGAGAAAGGGAAAGUUCCGUCUGUUCUUCCCGCUCGACUAGAAGUACGAGCUCACACAGUCGUUCCGUUGUUUUCCAAACUGCAACCGAUCAUCGCGACGCGAUUGAGUGAAACGAAACAAAUCACAAAGAGAAGUGAAAGAAGUGAGCGACCUACUCCAAGAAUCACGCCCAAGAAUCUAUACUAUAAUAACGUAUCUAAGGACUACAUGUCUAAGUAUGUAUGUGUGACUCCGUGCAUUGUGUGUGUGUGUGUGUGUGUGUGUGGGCACAUCGCGUGGGACAAUAGCAAUCCAAUCGAAUCAACGGCAACGACGCGGCGUCUCGUUGUCGUGAAAGGCGAAUAAACGAAUCCACGAGCAACGGUUACGCGAAACCGUCGAGGCAAAAUCGGAACAACGUACGUGCGAGUACCCCGCCGAGAGAAUCUAGUCUUAUAGCGUAAUUACUAUAUAAAUAUAAAUAUAGAUAUAAAGAUAUAUAUAUAUAUAUAUAUAUAUAUAUUAUUAAUCAACGUGAAGUGCGAUCUACGUUGCCUUUCGCCCGACGAUAAUACGUAUCUCUCGAUUACCCUGCGGUCACCGUGAUGCAUCAAGCUUGAUUUAUGUAUAUAUACCGCGUAUCGAGACCGAUCUUAACCGCACGUAUAUACGGCGAGAAAACAAAUUGUCGUAUUCCGCGUUUUACGCUCAGUAUCUAAUGUUCGAGAAUUCAGAUAACAAGCGACGGAAACGAUUGCGACAGAAGAACUCUGUCAACGCGGCACCGUGAUGUUUUCCGAUGAUAAAAUCAUUAUUCGAUUAUUUGCUAUGAUAUCAUUACCAUAUUAUUUUUCAAUUAUUAUUACUUUUAUCAUGGCAAAAAUUGUCGCGAUGUUGCAAUUAUUUCAAAGCCGAGCCGAGCACGAGUAACUCCACAACGCGACGAACGAGCCGGGCUUGGCGCCGAACGCGGGAUUCGAGCACGCAGUCUCAGCUGCGACACUGACUGAUCGGAUCAGUUUAUUCUUGUUAUGUUUCCUUUUCCACAUAGAAUGGAUGUGAAAGAGAGCGAGACUCAUUGGUGUGAGCACGGCGAAAACUUGCACGAAUCGAUCAUAUCCGAAUAUCAACAAGACAGGCGCGCGCGCGUGCGCGCUGACCGUUCAUAACUAACUACCCAAUGACGUUUGAUAUAAGGGACACCCUCGGUGAUUAUCAGAUGCCAUAAGCAUUUACUUAAUCUUACUGAGCGUGAUCGGGGUCAGUGGGCUUAUAUGUUAGUAUAUACAUAUAUAUAUCCUAUAUUAAUAACCGUCGCGUGGUUAUACACACACACACAUAUGCGCGCGCGCGCACGCACACACACACACACACACACACACACACACACACACAGAGAGAGGCACACACAUGUUAGACGACGUUCCAUGUAUAUACGUACGCAUCUCCCGGCCUUCCCUCAACAUAUUGCCCCGACGACGAAAGACCUGCGCUUUUGUAACGUUCGUAACGUGCUUGUCGCGCGAACCGAAGCAUUGGAGUAUAUUCCUUUCGAUGUAUCAAAUCCAGUGGUUCCCAACCGAAUAUCAUCUCUCCGUUUUCCCGAGAAGCCUCGUCAUAGCGGCUUUCUCGCGUCGUCAUUCUUCUUAUUGCCCCCCCCCCUCCCCCAUUUAUUUCCCUCCCACUGUUCUGUCGUUUGUCUCUGCGUCUUGUCAAACCGCCCCUCACGUUUUAUUCUUUCUCUCUAUACAUCCGUCUUUCCUCCCGCUUCCUUUUCUUCCUGGCUUCAUCUUCCUCACGUUUUCAUCCGUCCUCUUAGUCUCCUUUUCGAGUGUUAAUAAGUUCAUCGACGCGUUCAUCGAUAUUAUUAAUGAUGCAUUCGUCGGUAUAUCAUGACCAUCAGGCAGGUGCUUUCCUAUUGUAAAAAGAAUAUACUCAUCGCUGCACAAUGUGUAGAUUUAAGGCAACUAUACCCUCGCAAAUACUCGUGACGCUAAGAGCACAAAGGAUCGUACCGGCUUUAGGAUAACAUACGUUUAAUACUCGAUACGCACGGGGAUCAUUGAUAAUCUCUCGACGCGAGAGGAGUCCCCGCUCUACUCCCCGUGUUUCCUGCGAUUCUACGCGAACUACUCCCUUGUCCACGACCAAUGUAGCGCGUGAAGCGACGAUGACGCGCGCGCGCAUUGUCUUUCCAGUAUCCCUUGCUGAUUAGUGAUACGAUAGAUUCAACGCAAUGCUGAUUCCGCGCCCGCGCGCAUACACAAACACACUCGAUACACACACAUUCCUCAGACACGAUGUCGCCCUGUUUACAUUAAGUGUGAUAAAGCGCGGAACUGACGAAGGCAGGAAAAAAGAAGAAGAGAGAGCGGUAAUUAAUAAUCGCUAAUUGCGCUCGAUGACGACGAUAUCGGCGAUGACGGUGGCGAUAUCGCGACGAAGUGCAUACGCACAUGUAUCUUUCGAGUACGAAACUGAGAGGAAAGACGACUGACUGGUGAGGUUUCACACGGGACGAGAGCUACUUGGAGAGAAUAGAAAACGAGAAAUAGUUUCCAAAAGUUACGCACGGAGGACGACUCUCUCUCUCUCUCUCUCUCUC